AUGACUAGUGACGAAAUCAAGCCACCAUUUUAUAAUAUUGAUUACGCCUUCGCUUUUGAAGAACGGCACUAUAUGUCCACAAACGCAAUUGAAGCUGAUCGAUUUUGGUUGAAAUGCAGAUUCAUAGGUGUUGGUUUGUGCUCAAGCUCGGUUUCGUUGAACAAAUUACCUGGAUGGGAGAAAAACUCGUACGGUUACCAUGGCGACGACGGAUGCAUUUUCAAGGGCUCUGGAGCGGGUCAAAACUACGGCCCCACUUUCGGAAACAAGGACACCGUCGGCUGUUGCUAUAACAUGGCCGAAGGCACAGUCUUCUACACCAAGAACGGUGUUCACCAAGGUAUCGCUUUCAGUAAUAUUACGAGCCAGCCUAUGUAUCCCGCCAUUGGCCUGCGUAGUCCUGGGGAGGUGGUCGUGGUCAACUUGGGCACAAGCGCACCGUUUAUGUUUGACAUAGACUCGUACGUUCGCGACUGCAAGACGGCGGCACUCAACACCAUCAGACAG